AUGGCUAACUCAGUGAGAAGAAUCGCCGAUGACAAUCAAAAAAGUAACACCUGGGCAGUUAAGUCGGUAGCUGGGAAUCAUCAAAGCAAGGAAGAUAAAAGGAUAAUGAUCCGCCUAGACAGUAAACAUGAGGCACAUAAUGCCGAACUGUUUAUACUCCGAAAACAAGUCCAACAGCCUGUCUCUGAUCCAUCGCUAUUCGUUGAUGCAUGGCAGGUCCCAUCAGGAAUUGGAGUCUUGGAAUCUAGCUCAGCCAAAGCUGCAAGCAUCCUUCAGCGUAAGGAGGCUAUUGCUACAAUAUUUGGAAAUGUAAUUGUGGAGUGA